AUGGCGUCCCAAAGCACUACCCGUGGCAUCCUGUAUGUAACUAUGCAACCUAAAGAGGGUCUGCCUCCUGCUCAAUUCCACGACUGGUACAACAACGAGCACGGUCCCGGCCGCCUUCGCCUCUCCUUCUGCCGAAAUGGGUUUCGGUACCGCGCAAACGACCUUCCCGUGUCCUCUGCUGGUACUCAAGAGCAGCCAGAAUGGAUGGCUAUCUAUGACAUCGAUGACAUGGAUUACCUCACCAAAGAUGUGUACACACGCCUACGGAAAGCACCUGUACAAAGCCAAAGAGAACGCGAUACCAUGAAGCAGUUACACAUUGACAGGCGCUUCUACGAUGCGGUUGAGGGAGAUGAAUGGAAGGCCGAUGACUUCAAAAGUCUAGAAGAUGUGCAAAACGAGGGCGAGGGCAAUGUCCUCGUGGCUGUAUACUUGUCGUUGAACGAUGGCGAAGGCAAAGAAGAAGAGCUGGCCAAAUGGUACCGCGAAGAGCACGUGCCACUGUUGUCUAAAGUUCCCGGUUGGCGUCGGACAAGGCGCUUCGUGACGAGCUACUUGGACCUGCAAGAGGGAAGGGGAAAAGUUUACCUGGCGCUGCAUGAAUACGCGCCGCAAAAUGGGCUUGGCGGACCCGAAUUCAAGAAGGCUACAUCUACGGAGUGGAACGAUAAGAUCUAUGACAGUGUGGUGGAGUCAAAGCGAAGGAGAGUAUACAACUUAUACUAUACUUUUGGGCCGGCACCGCGAGACUUGCAAACCCUCACUUCGUCCGACACCUUCAUAGCAGAAUCUACGGAUGGAGCUACAAAGACGUACCCCGCUUCCUCCAUCAAGGCUAAUCCGGCCAUCGAAUCCUUCGUCACCACUGCAGACGGUGUCAAUCUAUCCUACCGCUUAGAAGGCUCAUCCGACCCCAAUGCGCCGCUCUUGAUUCUUGCAAACUCCAUUCUCGUCGAAUAUGGCAUCUGGGACGACUUCGUAGAGACCUUCCUGCAAGUCACAAACAACAAAUAUCGCGUUCUGCGCUACAACGCGCGCGGUCGUACUGCACUUCCUUCGUCAGCAAACGAGACUGUCACAGUUGACAAACUUGCCAGCGACAUCAUCACCAUCAUGGACGCCCUACGCGCAAAGACCGCCAGCGUCGUCGGCGUCAGCCUAGGCGGCGCAACCGCGCUUUGUGCCGGGCUCACCUACCCCUCACGAGUCACCGCCUUCGUUGGCUGCGACACGAAUUCCUUCGCCCCAGAAUCCAACCCCAAAGCCUGGGGCGAGCGAAUCGCCGUUGCUGAAAAGGAAGGCCUCAAGUCCUCAUCAACCUCUGAACCCAUUGUCGGCAACGAGCUCGCCGAAAUGACGACGCGUCGAUGGUUCGUCACGGAGAGCUACGCCGAUGCUGAGUUAGCGAAAAGGAUUGCGAGGGUAAACGAGAUGGUGAAGACGAAUUCAUUGCAGGGGUUCAAGGAUGGGGUUAAGGCGCUGUAUCAGUACGACUUUAGGGACAGGAUGGGAGCGUAUAAGGGAAAGGGUGCGUUUUUGGUGGGCGCUGGGGAUGGAGUGUUACCGAAGACUAUGCAAGGUAUGGCAGAUUCGCUGGGGAGUGGUGUGGAGUUGAAGAUUGUGGAGAAGGCGGGGCAUUUGCCGAUGGUGGAGCAGCCGAGGGAGGUAGCGGAGUUUGUUGCGAAGUUCUUGGGAUGA